ACGUCUGAUUUUUUGAUGCGGCGUCAGAAGUGAAAUGAAAGUAAUGUGUGGUUAUGAGCUAGCUAAAGUUGAAGAUCAGUUUUCACUGUUCCGAAUUCUAAGCCAACAACCAAACAACUUUGGACGCGGAGGAAACACAGAAAGGAUGAGCCCUGGCAUCAAAGAGACUAAUGGCCUAAGUCUUCCUGAAGCAUACAAGGCCAGUUUGGAGCAGCACAUUGAAAAGGGGGGCUGGAGCCUGGUCUGCCGAGAUGAAGAGCUGUGCAAUCACGUUGAGGACAUCCUCAGAGGACAGAGCGGCCACGAGUCCUACCUCACCCUCAGCCCGGACGUCCUCUCUGUCAUGGAGGAGUCCCUUCGCUGUCCGGCCACGGCCAAGGCUGGACUGAAGGGACUGACCAGGGCAUUUGAGGUGCUGGAGCUGGCCUCUCUCAACCUCUAUCUGUAUCCUUGGAGGAAGGAGUACAGAAUAAUCAAGACCUACUCGGGCAUGUUCACGCACCACGUUAAGCCAGCAUUGCCCAUGGUGCAGGUGAAAGAGCUGUUUGGCCUGCUGGGCUACCAUGCCUCCGUGGGGGCCAGUGGCGAGGAAGAACUGCGCCUGAACAUGUCUCCUGAGCUGCCGGAAGAGCUCCUCCGUCUGGCCUGCAGUUUCUUCACUGCCCGCUGCGAGUGCCAGCUACUGCUCUCCGUGCUGGAGCCCCUGAGGCCCUUAACGCAGGGGUCGGAGUGGGAGCGGAGGCUGGUACACGAGAGGUGCAGGGGCCACAGCCUCCAGGUGGCACUGCAGAGUGUCCAGAGGAGCCUGGGGGCCUCCGUACGCCCCAGCAGGGAGGUCUGCUGCGACUCGACAGAGGCGGACGAGGACUUGUACACGGGACAGGGAAAUGUUGGAUCCAGUAGUUCUGUGGCUGUGGGGAUACCAGUCCAAGCUCAAGGCUCUCACCGACCUCUCAAACAGGCUCGUAGCAGCCCACUGCUGGGCACCAGUGGGGGGGCCUCGCAGACGUCACGUCUGUGUGUGUCCACACUGAGCUACCAGAUCUCCUCCCCUUCCUCACCGGGUGGAGGGACCAGGCUCGAGCCAUCCAGGCUAGUUGAGGAGCAGAUUACAGAGAAUGAUUACGGGGCAAUGAUUACAGGGAAUGGCUCGCCUGGUGUUUCUCAGAAGAACCUACAGAUGUGUAGCUGUUUGAAGUUUGACAGCCACAGUGAGUACCUGUGUCAACAGUGCAAUAUGCUUCACUGCAUGUCCUGCGCUGCGCUCGACUACUGCCGAGAAUUAGGACACUAUGUAUCCAUGACCAGCGAUGCACUCCUGCAAGGGGAAGUUGAAAGUGAAACAAAACAGAUCAAACCUGUGAGUCCCAAGGACAAGUACUCUCCACCGCCAUUCAGCACAAGAUUACCGCCUGGGUUUCCAGAGAGGCACUCCUGUCUGGAGGCCAGAGACAAACCGCACAUUACCUGCCUCACCUGCCGGUGCGCCCAUGACUACCUGUGUGAGGACGGGCAACGCUGUAUUAAGGCAAACCACUCGAUUGAGUACCAGCUGGAGCCCAGCCAGUCCAUGCCCUUCCAUCACUGCUGCACCCACUCCAGCCCCCAAUUUGCCUGCCUGAGUUGCAGGGUUUUCCACUCAGCCACCUGCCUGGACGGAGCUUCCUGUAAACAACACACACACAACGUGCGCAAGCUUAAGGGUGUGUGUGAGUUUAAGGAGUGCUUAAUCGCUCCACACAUUUUGUGCAGGCACUGCUGUGCCCAGUUCUGCAGAGAGUGCUGGUACAAGAGCCCGCUGACCUGUCUGUGUGGAAAGCCUUAUGAUGAAUGUUCUCCUGUUUGACUGGACAUUUAAAUGGAUGUGCCAAUCUUCUCCAGCACAGUGGCCCGUGCAUCUCUACCUUUAAAAACACUGCCUUUGAAAUAUGCCUCAGGCAGCUGUGAGUUUAUUAGGAACAUUACAUAUUGUAAGAAAAAAUACUUUUCUGCACUCAUAUAUGCCAAAACAAUACUAACAUGUUUUGAAGGUGUAUAUUGAUAUAUAUUUUCUUCUUUCUCAUUUAUUAAUGUGUGAUGCAGGCUACAUUUCUGAGUAAGACCCUCAGCCUUCCAGAGCUUUGUGACAUCUACAGGGGACGUGAUAGUUUCACUUUAACAUUUAUCAUUUACGUAUAUCAUGACUUGAGGGAAAUUGAAGAAAGGAACUAAGGUGCAAGAUGCUUUUUGGUGGGGUUAGAAACAUACUUUAAUUUUCAGCUUAUAAAAUGAAUGCAGUGAUACCUGUAUUUUUGUCCAAUGCUUACAUAUCUGUGUGAGGAUGAAUUUGCUGCUUUUUCAUCCAGUUCUUUUGGAAAUUAAAGAAACGACUUCUGAACUCUUA